GGAAGUGAAUUUCAAUGAAAGCAGAAACAAUUUAACGGACGUUUUAAUGUCUACAAUAUCAGCCUGUGUGAAAUAUGACUUCACGUUGGAAGCAGAGAUUUAGUAAUCCCUGCUUUUCGCACAAAAUACGAUUUUAAACUAAACAAAGCAUGCCUGACUAAAUUAACAAAGUUGCCAGCCCCAUUUACAAUUUACCCUUGUUUUAUACAAUAAUAAACUCCAGUUCAGCUAGGAUAAACAUUACCAACAAAAGAAAUGGAAACUAAAGAUGUUAUAACUUUUCAUCAGUGUCUUGUAUGUGAAGAAAUUUUUCAACAAUAUAAUGAUUUAGAGCUACACAAUAAAAUACAUGUUAAAGAAGAGAAAACUGCUGAUAUAAAUGAAUAUUGUCAUGUUAAAAGAGAGAAAACUGAUGAUGUAGAUGAAUAUUGUCAUGUUAAAGAAGCGAAAAUUGAUAAUGUAGAUGGAUAUUAUAUUAACAAAGACAAAACUGAUGACAUAGAUGAAUAUUGUCAUGUUAAAGAUGAGAAAACCGAAGAUGUUCAAACAUGCUAUCAGUGUAAUUUGUGUGAUGCAGAAUUCAGAUUAGAAACUGAUUUAGAAAAACACUGUGAAAUACAUGUUAAAGACGAAGAUUCUGUUUUACAGCAUGGUAAAAAUUGGGAGAAGAGUUUUAACCAGUAUAAUGAAACAGAGAUACAAAAACAAAUAGGCUCUAAAAAACGCAUGAUACAUGUGCAUGUUUGUGGAGUUUGUAGUAAAUCAUUUAUUAGAAAGUCGAGUCUACAGAAGCACAUGAGAAUUCACACGGGAGAAAAACCCUAUCCCUGUGGAGUCUGUGGAAAAUUAUUCUCCAUUUUCAGCAAUCUAAAACAGCACAUGAAAAUUCACACCCAUGAAAAAAACUUUAAAUGUGAUGUGUGUGGGAAAUCAUUUAUUACAAAAAGUGUAGUGAAAAAACACAGAAGAACUCAUACACGAGAAAAGCCCUAUAAAUGUGAUGUUUGUAGUAAAUCAUUUAUACAGAGUAGUCAUUUGCAACAACAUAAGAAAAUACAUUCUGGGGUAAAACCAUAUAAAUGUGAUGUUUGUAGUAGAGAAUUUACUGUUUUCACCAAUCUUCAAUCUCAUGAAAGAAUUCAUACCGGCGAAAAACCAUUUAAGUGUGAUUUUUGUGGUAAAACUUUCGGUCAGGGUAGUAAUCUAAAAGCACAUACAAAGAUUCAUACCGUAAAGAAACCUUUGUAAUGUAUCUUGUUGAUGGAGAAGGGGAGAUAACUCUGGAACAGAAGGUUGCUGAGUGCUGUAUAUCGACAGGAUUCAUCCUCUCAUGACCUCAUUGCUUCAACCUUUGUAAUGUAUCUCGUUGAUGGAGAAGGGGAGAUAACUCUGGAAUUAAAGGUUGCUGAGUGCUGUAUAUCGAUAGGAUUCAUCCUCUCAUGACCUCAUUGCUUCACACCAAAUUUGAAAGAAAUCUGUUAAGAUCUGUAGUGUGUGUUCCAGUAGACAUACGUGUAUGUGGCAUUAACACAGGGUUCCAUUCGACAGGUGUCUUGUGGUGAUUGAGCUUUUACAGUUGCAGCACCCAUACUAUGAAACAAACUCCCAGCAUUUGUAAAGGAAGCCAUAACAUCAGAGUCCUUUAAAUCAUGCUUGAAGAUUCACUUAUUUAAUUGUGAAUGCCAAACUUGACAGUGUGCUUAGCACCAUAGUUCUGGAUGAGAGGCACUAUACAGUCCUAGGACUAACUAGAAAUUAGGCAGAUUUCUUCUAGUUUAGGAAUGUGACUUCAAUUGAACGUAGAAAUAAACAAAUUUAAUAACAAUUUAAUAUAAUGAAAAUAAAAUUGAUUCAAUUAUUCAAAGAUUACAUAAUAUAAUAAUAAGCUUAUUUAAUUAGAUGUAAUAUCUACAGCAUCUUGUCUAAGCCACGGUAUACAAAUAUCAGGUUCUAUGAGAUUUUCAAUUCAAAUUGAAAUUGAAUAAGAGAAACUAAUCAAAUUAAAUAUAGAAAGAAACAAAUUUAAUAACAAUUUAGUAUAAUAAUAAAAAAUUGGAUUCAAACAUUACAUAAAAUAAUAAUAAUAAGCUUAUUUAAUGAGAUGUAAUAUCUACAGCACCUUUAAGAGUAUAACUCAUUAAGUAAUUAUCAGAAAAUCAUUAGAAUUUGUUUCGCCCAUGUUGAUGUUUAGUAUACAAAAUAUUUAAUACCAUGGAUUUAGGUGUUCGUGUCAAGACCUUAAAAUCUGAAUAUCAAUCCAAAGUCAAUCUAAACAAUUAUGUAAAGGCGUAAACGAGGUGUAUAAAUAUAAAAUCAAUCGGAUGAUACAUGUAACUAUCUGGCAGUAAUUAUCGGAAAUCAUUGAAAAUCAAUAGGCUUCUUUGUCUGAUGACCUUAACUUUAGCCUCUAGAGCGUCCACAAUAUUUUUCAAAGUGAUAAAGGGCCAUAACUCUGGCAGUAAUUAUCGGAAAUCAAUAGACUUCUUCGUCCUGUGACCUGAACACUGUGUAUAAAUUUAAAGUCAAUUGGAUAUUAACUUUACUUCUAAAGGAACCACAACCUUGUAUUACAUACUUUAACGCUAUUUGCGUACAGGGAACGAACAUUGUGUCUGGCAAUUUUGGUCCAAUUUUCACGAAAUUCGAACUGUUAUAUUUUCAAACAGUUUUUUUAAAUCAAAUAAAAACUGUGACUUCUAGAGGGUCCAUAAGCUAAAUUUACAGUCCGAUACAUGCCACCUAUAUUUCAAGUUUCAACAAUAUCAAAUAAAAAACGUGACCUGUAGAGUCUCCACAAUAUGGACAGGGGCAAUUCGGUCAAUAUUCGUAAAAAAAAAGUGUUAAGCUGUUAUCAAUCAACCUCAUCAUCGAUAAUAAAUAUGUUUUAUAUAAAAAGAGCUUUUUAUUUUUGAAAUUAAAAUGUUGUCAUUUGAUACGCCCAAUGGCAGGUUUAUAGCUGUCAACUCUUAUCUAAUAAUAAUGCUACUCAAGAUGGACAUGUUGUUUUGAUUAGCAUUCCAGGCAAUUAAAAUUCAGUGAACCCGACCAAACCCAAACAUCCAAAAUUUAGCUCUUUUUUCUAGUUAGUCCUAGGACUGUAUAUUAAUUUAUUAGUAUUAUUUUGAACUCUGUAAUAAAAACAAAGAUAAACAACAAAUCCGUGCCAGAGUCUGAAUUUAUGCCUGACAAUAUCUGUGAAUUUUGACUUAUUUGCAGGGUUGAUUAGUGAUAACAUCUGUGACCUUUGACUUAUUUACUCGGUUAGUUAGUGAUAAUAUCUGUGACCUUUUGACAUAUUUGCUGGGUUGAUUAGUGAUAAUAUCUGUGUCUUUAACACUGGGAGGAAAUCAGAGGUUGUCAUGUACAAGCGGGGUAUAAAAACCAUGCCACUUGACUCAAUGACAGAUCUUGUGAGAGAAAGAGAGAAAUGGGGUUCAACAUCCUCUUGAUGUACGGUUGUAUGUGACAAGGAGUAGGGUCGCCUGUCCAACCUCGUGGGUUUUCUCCGGGUCCUCCGGUUUCCUCCCACUGCUAAAGACCCCUACGCGCAAGCGAAUUAUUGAAAUAAAAUUAAACCAUAUGUUAGUCCCGAAAUGACCUAGUUUGUGUCGAGUGGACGUUAAACCCCAUUUCUCUCUCUCUCUCAUUCAGUCUCCCACUGGACAAAACAGAAAUCAAGUUGCUGAUGAUGAUCCAUGAUAAUAAUAACUUUUAUUUGAGAAUCGUUUGGAGGUCUUGUGUACACAUUGGCGUGCACAAAAAAAAAACCUUCAGCUGUCCGGGAAAAGUUUCCUCAUGGCACAAUGUAUGGUGUAUGCUCGUUUUCAUUAGCCCAGUCG